AUGACUGGCAGCUGGGCUCUGGUGGGCUGGCUGCUGCUGCUGCUGGGCCUCUCAGGUAAGGCCAGCCUUACAAGAACGCGAGGUUUCCUCCGUCGCCUCGCCCCCAGCCCUCUGCACACCCCGCGCCCUCAUCUCUCAGACGCCGCGCCCCCGUCCCUCUACUCGACGCCGCGCCCCCGUCCCUCCACCGCCGCGCCCCGGUCCCUCUGCUCCGCGGUGCCCAUCCUCGCUCUGCCGUCGCCGAAUCUGGACGAGAUCGGCAGGAUCUGCCGCAUCUCCCGUGACAUCCAACCGCAGCUGCUCGUCGGCCAUGCGGGGAGGACGAACGAGCUGCUCGUCGGCAUCCGUCCCACGGCCCCGCUAAAGAUGGCGCCCAACCCCCUCGACAGCGCAUGCCUCCUACUUGCCGCCCGGGUGCAAACGGCGACAACGAGUAGGCGGCAAGCAUACUACGCCAAGAAGCAAUACAGGGGCAUGAAGCAAGCGAGAAGGUGUGCACGGCGACCUGCUACUGCACUAAUAGUAGCCUUGACGGAGCACCGAGGCCGGCUCGACAGGGCAUGCCGCCUGUCGGUAGACAACUGGUUGUGUGUUGACGGAGAUGAACCCCUCGUCGUCGCCUCUAUCGCUGCUAGGGAUGAACCCUGCGUCUGUGCUGGUGAUGGCGCUCUCCAUCUACUUUCUCCACUGGCUAUAAGAGAGUAGAGACCACAUCGUGGAUGUGUUUUUCUUCAGAGAUGUGCCCCGUCGUUCUUCACUGUCGAAUUUGCAAUGCAAUCUGUCCCUAUGUUGGUGUCUUAACAACUUCGUCCUCCCACACAAUGAGAAGAAGAAAGCAGCGGCUGCAAUUUACCUAUUGAUUUCUUGGAGUGAUUCAAACCUAGGAAGUCUGCUACUUGUGCAAGCAACAUGGUAAGAAGUUUCUGUUUUCUUACUGAUGCACCUCAAUUUGGAAGGUUAGAACAAUGUCAGCUUGCUUUAUGUUGGUUUUCUAAUUUCUACAUAUUCCCUCAAGCAAAUAUAUUUAUCUAGGUAGUAUGGAAAGCAGGCAAAUUAUGUAACUAUUUUGGUGUAUUCAUGCUUUGCUAUGUUGGAUUGAGGAGAAAGAAUUAUUUUAUUGACCCAUCCUAUUUUUAUCUAUAAUGAUGAUCACUUUUUCCA